GGCGCGUAUUGUCGAGUUUUCUUAGUUACAAUCCGAUCCAAUCAGAGCUUCAAUCACGUUUGUAUUUUCCUUUAAUCCUGUGGUGGUCUUCAGUCCACGUCGUAAUUCCAUUUCAGUAAAGAGUGCGACGUUACAUUUCAUCAUACCUUGUACAGUCACCAUCAAAUACGUUUGAAUUUUUUUUUACAAAGGGUAGUAAUUACAAGGUCACUGUUACCCAUUAGAAAAGUAAUAAAUUUCUCGAGGCCACGUGGAUAUUUACAGUAUAUUAAAUAAUACCCAUAUACAUAUAUAUUUGUUUGAAGCCUAGAAGCCGGUAGACGGUUUUUUUUUACGGCGUCGUUUCAAUCAUAGUGAAUGCCGAACGUUUGACAGUGGAUUAAUAAUGGCACCAAAUGUAACAGCAGCAUUAACAACUCUCUGUGAAGAGGAUUUGGCUAAAACUACACCAUCGAAACCGGUGUAUAAACGGGAAAUUGUGUGGUUCAAUGUCGCGGUGUUUUCUUUACUUCAUAUCGGAGCACUUUAUGGUGCCUACCUUAUGUUUUCAUCUGCUAAAUUAAUAACAACAUUUUAUGCAUUCGUUCUUUAUAUGUGCAGUGGUAUUGGAAUAACAGCCGGAGCACAUCGAUUAUGGUCGCACCGUUCUUACAAAGCUAAACUACCGCUGAAAAUAAUUCUCAUGAUUUUCAACACACUCGCUUUCCAAAACAGUAUAUACGAAUGGUCAAGAGACCACAGAGUACAUCACAAGUACAGUGAAACAGAUGCUGACCCUCAUAAUGCCUCUCGCGGUUUCUUUUUCUCUCACGUCGGCUGGUUGUUGUGUAAAAAACACCCCGAUGUUAAAGAAAAAGGUAAAGGUAUUGACAUGAGUGAUCUUGCAGCUGAUCCAGUUGUUGCUUUCCAAAAGAAGCAUUACAAAUUUUUGAUGCCACUCAUUUGCUUUAUUUUACCUGCGUUUGUUCCGGUAUAUUUCUGGGGUGAAUCCUGGAAUAAUUCAUACUUUGUUGCUGUUAUUCUUCGGUAUGUUUGGACAUUGCACAUGACCUGGUUGGUCAAUUCCGCGGCUCAUUUCUUCGGUGGUAAACCAUAUGACAAGUACAUGAAUCCAUCUGAAAAUGUAAUGGUAGCAUGGGGAGCUUUGGGUGAAGGCUGGCACAAUUACCAUCACGUAUUUCCAUGGGACUACAAGGCGGCUGAGUUGGGAAAAUACUGGGGCAACAGCACAACAGCAUUCAUCGAUUUCUUUGCGUCAUUUGGAUGGGCCUAUGAUACUAAAGCCGUAUCCACGGAAUUGAUAAGACAGCGCAGUAUAAGAACCGGCGAUGGCUCUCAUCCUGUGUGGGGAUGGGGCGACAAAGAUCAAACUCCUGACGAAAGAGAUGCUGCUCUUAUAACAAAUCAUUUACAUACACAAUAAAAUUCUCAGUAAUUUAAUUUAAUUAUUUAUGAGAACAAUUUAAACUCAGGCAUUAGAAAAGAAAAAAAUGAAAAAGAAGACGAAGAAGUUAAUAAUUAACAAAAUAAGUAAAAAGUAUGAAUCAAAUAUAAGAAUGGGUUACGACCAUUGAUGUACUUUUUCAUUAAUCAUUAUUUUUUCUUUCCGUUAAAUAUUCUUUUUUUCUUUAUACAUUUAUCUAUAAUAGCAUCAUUAAUUCAUCUUUCAUUAUACAUUAAUCAAUUAAUGUCAAUCGUUUCGAGUUAUUUUACGUCGAAAAAAUUCAUAUCGAGCAAUAUUUUUUAACGAUGACAAUUAUUGAUUAUGUUUAUAAAUAUAAAUACAUCUCAUCUUUAUAUAUACAUAUAUAUAGUUCAGUUUACAUGGUACAUAGUUUUGUUACUUUCUGUAUACUAGACCCUGUUGUGCGGUACCUGAAUUCCAUAGUUUUUUUUCUCAUUUUUAUUAUUGUCAAUUAAUGUUUUAUUUUCGUGAUUUAAAUUUUCAGUAAAACAUUUUUAAUAUUUAAAUGUAUGAGUAUAUAUAUAUAACUACUGUACAAUGAUAACUGAUAAUAUAACACUCAUAGAUGAAUAAUAAUUUAUAAUAGUUAAUAUAAUAAAAUACAGAUAACUUGAGUCGUGAUGGUGAGUAAAGUAAACGAAUAAAAAAAAAAGUAAUCGAAAGUCGAUAAAUAAUAAUACUUAUUAUUAUUAUUGAAAUAAUAUCAUUUAUUUUACGAAUGAUUAUUAUUAAAACUUUGUACAAUCAUUUUAUUUCAUUUAUAUUGUUCAGAACAAAGUAUAUUGGUAUCGUAUUACAAUGAAACAAAUAAAGUAUAAGUAUUUAAUAAUAUAAAUAUAUUUUUGAUUCAAGUUGUUUUUUAACUGAUAAAAAUUUUCACCAAUACAGUGGUUGCAUUUUUAUUAAAUUUAAAUUUAUUAAAUAGUCCAAAAGUUGAAACAGUUAUUUUUUAUCUUACAUUGUAAAUUAAAUAAAAUAAAGUUAAAUAAUUUUAUAAAAAAUGAAUAAAAUUUAUUAAACAAACAUUUGAAUCUGAGGCUUUACAAUUUACGAUCUACUAGCCAACUUAAUUAAAUAAACAUCUAAUAAUAAAUCUAAGUACGUACAUUGUGAUUGAAGUUUAUUACGAAUAUAAACCUAAAUAUUUAUGAUUGCAUGGCCUGUGGAUUAUAAAGUUGAGAAUUAAUAAAUUUUCAAGUGUGAAUUUAAAAA